AUGUGGCUCUUAGAGGACGGUGAGAGCACUGGCAAGAACAGCACGGACUACGACUGGGAAACGUACCAGGACCUGCCUGAGCUGAACGCGUGGAUAGACGCGGCCGUGGCCCGACACCCUGAGGUGGCGUCGAUCCUCGUGGCGGGCAGCUCCUUCGAGGGGCGGCCGCUCAAGGGCGUCCGGAUCUGCCACGGGCCUGGCAGACCCGUCGUCUUCGUUGAGGCCGACUCUGGCUCCAGCGACAACCCCCGCUCGCCGCACUACAGAGGAUCUUCGCCAUUCUCGGAGCCAGAGACGCGGUCGCUGUCGGAUUUCCUGCGAGGCCUGAAGGGGCGUCUGCUGGUGUACGUCUCGCUGCACACGUACAAGCAGGCACUCACGUGGCCCUACGGGCUCAGCUACGAGCGGGCGGACAACAACCAGGAGCUGAUGGAAGUGGCCGGCAUAUCGGCGGAAGCACUUUCUAGAAGAUACGGCACCAAAUAUCAGACAGGGACUAUCUUCGACAUCUUCGGAGGCGUGUCCGGCAGCAGCGUGGACCGAGUGAAGAAGUGGCUGGGCGCGCGCUUCGUGUUCGAGUACGAGCUGCGCGACACGGGCGGCUUCGGCCUGCUGCUGCCCCCCGCGCAGGUGCGGCCCACUGCCGAGGAGACGGCGGACAGCCUCGUCGCCAUGAUGCGCGAGGUGCUAGCCCGCACUGCAGCUCCACACUAG